UGAUGACAAGACAUGAUGCCAAUUACGCACAACGACUUAAUUCAGCAAAAAACAGAGAAUGUAAAGGUUUUCAUUCGAUUACGACCGCUUGAACCGCAUGAAAUUUGCAGCAACAUCUCGCUGAUUGACGAUCAAAAUGUUAAAAUCUGGAAAGCUCAGAACGAAAAUGAUGUAAAAAUUUUCCAAUUUAACAAAGUGUUUAAUCAGAAGGCCACACAGUUAGAACUCUAUCAAAUGGUGGCUUCGCCUUUAGUGGAUCAAGCUUUAAGUGGGUAUAAUGGCACUAUUUUUGCAUACGGUCAGUCUGGCACAGGAAAAACGUUUACAAUUCUUGGAAAAUCUGAAGACAGGGAGCUACGAGGAAUCGUGCCUAAUAUGUUUUCACACAUCCUAACGCAAAUAUCUCUGGCUAAGUCCAGUACCUCGUAUUUAGUCACUAUAACAUUUCUGGAAAUUUACAAUGAAAAAAUCAGAGAUCUGCUGAGCCCCUCCAAUAGGAAACUGGAAGUGAGGGAAAGUCCAGAGCUUGGUGUCUACGUAAAGAACCUUUCAGGCAUAACUGUGGAGUCGUCAGAUCAAGCACUGGAUAUAAUUUCCAAGGCUUCCAAGAAUAGGACUUCUGGAAGCACAAACUUGAACAGCCAAAGCUCCCGGUCUCACGCCAUAUUUAGUGUGCGCAUAGAGGCAAAACAUGAAGACGAGUCACUUAGCUUGGGAAAACUGAACCUAGUAGAUCUGGCAGGAUCAGAGCGAGUUUCGAAAAGCUUUGCAACUGGUCAGCGGCUCAAGGAGGCCGUCAAAAUCAACCUUUCACUAAGUGUUUUAGGAAAUGUGAUAUCAGCUUUGGUAGAUGGCAAUAUUACUCACAUUCCUUAUAGGAAUUCCAAGCUCACGCGUCUGUUGCAAGAUUCGUUAGGUGGCAAUAGCAUGACUUCGAUCAUAGCAACAAUUAGCCCUAGCAGGGAACACUUUGAGGAAACUUGUUAUACUCUCAUGUAUGCAGAUCGCGCAAAGAACAUUAAAAACACCAUUAAAAGAAACGAAGAGAAUAAAAGCUUUUUGGAAGGGUUUAGAGAGAAAAUUAAUGCUUUGAAGCUGCAACUAGAAGAAUUGAACGAAGUUCCGCAAACUCCAAAAACGAGACCCAAGCUAAGCAAAAGAAACCCUAAGAAAGAGCAAGAAGACGAACUACACGCAACCAAUCAGCUAAAAAAGCUUCUUCUGGAUAAGAUAGAAAUUUUGCAGAAAAAGGUGUUAGUAGGCGGGGAGAACCUGAUUGAUAAGUCACGCCAACAAAUGGAGCUACUUGAUCACAGUGCCAAACAAAUACAACAAUUGGAUAGCUCACAUGAAUUGCUGCAAGAAACACUGCAUUGCAAAUUAUUCGAAAAGUCAGCUGUGGAAAUGCUGAGUUUGUCUUUACAAGAAGAAGACAAACUGUUGGACCUUCAGAUCCAGGAAGCGGAAAAACAAAUUUCAAAAUCCGAAAAGCUGCUCUUUACUAAAGAAAGCGAAUAUCAGAAUGAGAUCAGCAAUCUACUCUACACUAACAAAUGUUUGGCAAGAGAAUUGCAAAUGGCAAAUUACGUCGUUGGUAAACAUAUUCCUAAAGGUGAUUUAGAAAAAGUCAGAGAGAACAUAUAUUGGGACGAAGAAGCACAAGAAUAUAGAUUAAAGUUAAUAGCGCAUUGCGGCAACAAUUUAAAGAAAAUUAGCUUACAUAUCGAAAAAGGUCCAAUCGUGCAAAGGGCAAUGAAGAAGCGUUACAGAAAGUACCCCAAUGAAUAAGCAACUAUUAGAUCGUUAACUAGAAUUAAAAUUUCUACAGACA